GAAGUAAAGUUAAUUCAUACACCAUCACUCUCUUUAUCAAUUGAAUCGUAUCAUCAAUUUAUAUCGGUAUCAAAAAACCAGUUUCCAAAUUCUGUCCCUAGCCUAUCUUCGCGAAUAAAAUAGAUAUACAUAUAUGUACUGAGGGUUUUCAUCAGAUCGCAGUAUCAUUCCCUGUUCUUUCGUCGCCAUGAUUUACACGGCCAGGCCCUCCUCCUUCAUAUCUCUGACUGUUCUUGUCGUAUUAUCCAUUACUUUCUUUUCUAGUACCGUCUAUGCCCUCCCCGCAAUCGAUGUAGGUCCUAUUGCCAACCCUCAGGUUGAGAACACUUCCACCCCAACCGUAACGCUGGAUGAACGUGGGCAAAAAGGAAAUCUUCUUCGGUCGGAUACACUUAAAGCAUAUAAAAACUGCUGCAGAUACACUCCUUCAAUUGGGCGUGAAGGUGGUUUUGUAAUUAACUUGGCCGGAUGGGGUAACACCGACGACACACCAAACGUACAUACAACUCUUUCCCAAAAAAUAUGCGCACCAAAUUUGAUAAAGAAUAUCGAGGAUGAUGGAGGCACGAUUUAUGCCAAAACUUGGAAAUGUCUACCAUCUUAUGGUGCACCAGGGGAUACCUAUGUUUAUUUCGAUUUGAAGAAAGGAAACAACGUCACGGUAGCAAGUGCGCUUUCUAAAGCCCAUGUGGUUUCACCCGCAUGGCAGUGUCUGACUAGUCACGAAGACAGCGAAUGGUGUGAUAAUCAGCAGAUAUAGACCUUAUAUUCUGGACAAGGCGAUUGGAGUUUGCAAAUCAUCUGAUUGGAUUGGGUUGAUUGAUGCGGAGGAGACAAAGUCAACCCGGGGAGGAUGGUUGUGUUUUACGUAGGGUACUAAGAGUUUCUGGUUGUAAUCUAUCCAUCAUCUCGAUUUUUAUCUUCUAACAGAAACAAGACGUCAUUGAAAGUGAUUCAUUUGGGUGGCAUACAGAGGAAAACGAGCCGCACAAUGGGCGGGGUGCAAUUCAUGGAGCUGCA